CAAACCAUCACAAGCACGUAGCAAUCGAGUUAUUAAGGGCUAGCUUAAUCACUCUCUGCUUUGUGCGUGUGGUCAAAUAACUUUUGUUGUGCAGCAAUGGCAGGCAAGGCCUCGAUCGCGCUGUUCAUCGCCGUCAACCUGGUCGUGUUCGCCAUGGCCAGUGCCUGCGGAGGAUACUGCCCAACGCCGACGCCGUCCACCCCGUCGACUCCAACCCCGACGCCGGCGGCGUUCGGCAGGUGCCCCCGCGACGCGCUGAAACUGGGGGUGUGCGCCAACGUGCUGGGCCUGAUCAAGGCCAAGGUGGGCGUGCCCCCCGCGGAGCCAUGCUGCCCGCUGCUGAAGGGGCUCGUCGACCUGGAGGCCGCCGUGUGCCUCUGCACCGCCAUCAAGGGCAACAUCCUCGGCAUCAAACUCAACCUGCCCAUCGACCUCAGCCUCAUCCUCAACUACUGCGGCAGGACCGUCCCAACCGGAUUCAAGUGCCUCUAAGCUAGCGGAUGCAUCUGUAUACGAGCCACGAGUCCGGCACGCCUGGAGACCAUUUUUUUGCUUACAAUUUGUUUUAUUCCAGGUUUAUCUGCUCGGUUGCUACGUACUACCUAGAUACGUAGAAAGUUUGCAUGCAUGGAUGGAUCGAUAUGCAUGCAUGGAUGCAUGCAUUAGCGAAGUACGUACGAAUGUUGCCUGUUUGAUUUGCUUCCGUUUCUCACUGUUUCCUGGCGUGUCCCUGUACUAUUUGGAUUUUAUUCGAAAAUCGGACUCUAUGAAUAAAUUUCAUUUUCAUCACUA